AUGAUAGCGAUUAUUGUCGCUUUUUUACUAUUUGUUUCUAACCAAAAGAUGCAAAGCAUUGCAUUUAAUUUAGAACUCCCUGUAGACAAAUUAUUUACUCAGUUCAAAACAAAAUACAGUAGACAUUAUUCUCCUACUGAAGAACAACUUCGAUUCCAAAUUUUUAAGAAUAACUUGAAAAACAUAAAAGCUUUAAAUGAAAAAAGAACUAACCCUUCUGACGCACUUCACGACAUUAACAUGUAUACAGAUUUAAUUGAUGAUGAAUUACCAAUGAAUAAGGGAAUACCUGUUCCUGUCUCUUCUUAUGACAAAGAACAUUUUAAUUCUAAAGAACUGAGAAAAGUUGAAAAACCAUGGAAUGAAAUACCACCAUUACCUUCUGGUGAUAGUUUACCUCAAAACCAUGCUUUUUGUGGGGAGUAUGUUUCAAAAAACACAGACCGUCCAAAAGUUGAUUUAUGUGGAGAAGUAUUUAGCCAACAAAAUUGUGGAGGUUGUUGGGCAAUUUCUCUUGCAAAUUUAGCACAAUACCUUUAUUCAAAUUUAACGUAUCAAAGAUAUGGAUGUGUAAAAACUCCACCAAAAUUCUCCGCACAACGUUUUCUUGAUGUUACAACAACUAAAGCCACAAAACGUUGUUGUGGUGGUCAUCCUCGAGAUGCUGUUAAUGCUGUCAAAUCCUUUUCAUUAGAUGCAGAUUAUCCUUUUGUUGAUGGGUCAAAUAGAAAUCUUUGUACUAUUAGAGGAGACCAAAACCCCAGUGUUCAAAUACAAAUGGCAAUUACUGGUUAUAAAACAUUUGGUAUAUCAAAAGAUCAAAAUAUGGUGUUAAUACUAAAAAAAUUGUUACAUCAUUACGGACCAUUUUUAGUUUCUGUAAAAGUAAGUGGAACAGGAUUUAGUUCAUACUCAAGUGGUAUUUUUUCUUUUCCAUCAACUUCAGUUUGUGACACCUCUUCUUCUUCAUUUAUGACAGAUCAUGAAGUGGUACUGAUGGGGUGGGGUGUAGAGAAUGGAAUUGAAUAUUUUAUUAUAAGAAAUUCAUGGUCUAGUGGAUGGGGUGAAGGAGACAAUUAUAUUAGAAUUAAAACAACAAACCUUUGUGGAAUUGGAUGGAGAAUAGGAGAUUAUGUCUAUCCUUUAAAUAUGAUUGUUUAUGCAAACACAUGUAAAUUUGAUAAGUACUGUAAUUCUUGUAAUAUUUCUUCAAAUAUUUGUAGCUCAUGUACUUCAGGAUAUUCCUUAAAUUCAAAUAACAAAUGUGUAGAAAAUACUGUCAAGUUAACUAAAUUUCAUUCUAAUUCAACUAAUGUCCAAUUCUACAAUCAUACAAUCUAA